AUGGCCCUCGCCGACCCGCCACCUCUGCUCUCUUGCACUCAUACUAGUUCUAUCCAUACCUCACGGGAUCCCAGCUGGACUACCGCCGGCGUCCCAGAGCCUCCCCAGGGGAAAAAGUCUAGUGACAGCCUAGGGCCAUUAUUCCACAUCGGCUUGGCUUCGGAAUUGGAUAGCCUCCGCAUCGAUGGUAUUGAUGCUCUCACGGCUUUGGAUAGCAUCGACACCCCGGGUCCAAACCUGGAAAAAAUACUCGACUCCGAAGACUCGGCCAUUCCCUUCCCACAAAUAUCAAUCGAUUGCUUUGAUCAAACUCGCCAAACUGCACUCCACAUCCCAGGUUUGGAAAACAAUGGCCCUUUUCACAAGUGGAUGAGGUCGUUGCAUCGUCGCGCAACCCGCAGGCCGGCAGCAUGGGAUCCCAACGGGAACAGCCCGUUGUGGCAACAUCUCGAGCCCAAGGACGCUAAUCGAUCGGUUUUUCAUCGCAGACGCGGUCAUCGGAAGUCGUCAUCGGGAUCCUCUUUUGGGUUUGUUUCUGCUGUCCAAAGUGCCAGUGUCAGUCUCGCUAGUGUCAGUGCUGUGACUCGAUCCCGGAGAAACACCACCCGCUCCCAUUGCCCAUCGCGGACCGACCGCAGUAGCAGAGCUUCCUUGUCCGGCCCUAGACUCUCCGAAGAUAGCAUGGCCAGGGAGAGGCCCGUGACUGUCGACACGGCUGCUACACAACGAUCGUUGCAACGCAGGCAAAUAUUGGAGGAGCUCAUAAAUACCGAGGAGAACUACAUCGGAGACAUUCGCUUCCUCAUGAAUGUUUACAUCACCAUACUUGCUUCGCUUCCUACCCUGCCUAUGAGACUGCGGUCUUCAAUCAACCGCAACUUGACUGAAAUUGUUGAGCUUCAUGAAGAGAUACUGGGAGACCUUCACCGCGUUAUCCCCCAUUCUGAGUACACACAACUCGAUCUCUCUUUACCUUUCGCAAAGCCAACAAACCCCGGAAAUGGCCAUCGGCGGUGGAGGAGCCACGAUGGGGUCUCAGAAAGUUCGAAUGGUGUCGCCUGGCUUCAUAAUGUACCCGGGAUGGUGUCAGAUCCUCAAGUGGCCGCUGAAGUGGCCAAGAUAUUCGGCAAGAAAAUGAACCGAUUCUUCGUAUAUAAGGAAUACGGAGCAAAGUACGAGAUGAUGAUAAAGGACGUCGCAUCGGCUCAUCGGACUAUGCCUGAGUGGGAAACGUACCAAAAGGGCUUGGAGGCUCUGGCAUCAACCCUGGGGUCUGUCAGAAGCAGUGGUGGCAAGUCCAAGAAGUCACUCACCAUCGGAGACUUACUCGUCAAGCCCAUUCAAAGGGUCUGCAAAUACCCACUUUUGUUUGCAGAGCUGCUCAAGUGCACCCCUGUGUGUGACUGUCCGAACUCUCACAUGGAAGUUGAGACUGCACUGAUGAGGCUUCGAGAAGCUACGGCCGAGAUCAACCGCGCAACGAAUGAUGACCACAUGAGGGCAACCCUCGAAAAGACAUGGCUGUUGCAGGACCGAUUGGUAUUUCCUAAGCGGAGACUCGAUGCAGCUUCGAAGAACCAGAUCCGGUCGUUUGGUCACAUCCAGUUGUGUGGAGCACUUCAUGUUUGUUGGCAAACUAAAGAUGGCGCUGAUGGCCAGUAUAUGAUCUGCCUGCUGUAUCGAGACCUCCUGUGUCUGGCGUCGGCGAGCAAGGUUGACCCAAUAUACACCAUCCAGGCCUGCAUUGAUAUGAACGGAGCUAAGGUUGAGGAGGUUGAUAAUGGGCGAGCUUGCUCAUCCAAGGAGGAGGUGGAGUGGAGAGAACGAUUAUGCCGCCUAAUUGGCCAAGAGCCUGAUGCAAGAGAUCCGAACCUUUACAACAGCCUCUCCUUGAAUAUGAAGAGUUUGGGUACUGUUUUUGGAAGACCAGGUACCAUUGCUCGGAAAAUAUCUAUCCAUCGGGCUACAACGGUUGGCCCAAAGUCACCUUUGUGCCAGGUCGUUUUGAAGAAUACGAGUAUCGCUGCCAAUCGUGUUCCGUCGCCAACAAGUAUAAACCGAUCACAAUCUUUCCUAACAACAAACUCAAGAAUUCCAGUGUUGGCACCACCUCGAAGUGAGAGAACGCGGCUCGAGAUUCUUUUGGCGGACAUCUGGAGUCGGGAUAUUUUGCCUUUCCCCGGAAUGGCAUCACGGUCGCGGAGCGAACAUCUCGUGAGAAGCUCGGCGUCGUCGAUGAUGAGGAAGCUCAGUGUAGCCAGUAUCACAGGCUCUUUCAGCAAGAGACCGGGAAGUGCGUCACACAAAGUACAGGGAAGUGAAGAGUUAACAGCCUCCGGGGGGACUAUACGACGCAUCAGCAAGUCAAGCGAUUGUGUGUCCGAAUGCGGCGCAAGCAUCCAUUCUGAAUUACCAGCGGCCUUCGGCUUCGAGCUGUUGGAGACGUCUGGGACGGUUCGGACUUUUGACUUGACCAAGCUGGCGUCGACAGCAGAUUCGACGAGAGAGAACGAGGAUACGCCCACCCUACGCACUUCGGCCAGCAACAGCGUUCAACUAAGCUCGUCCCCCUGCUCCGAGAAGUCAAGUUCGUGCUCAAUAGCGAAGGAGAACGCAUGUCCUGUGUUGGAUACGACAGUGCGAAGCCAUGGACGCAGAUGGGGAAGGGCAGGCGGGACGAAGCCCGAGGGCAAAGCUCAAGGGCUGCGAAGUCUAUUCCGUUGA